AGUCUGGAAGCCCGGCGGAGAUGGGGGCGGCGGCCGCGGAGGCCGACCGCACUCUGUUCGUGGGUAACCUGGAGACGAAGGUGACCGAGGAGCUCCUCUUCGAGCUCUUCCAUCAGGCUGGGCCAGUAAUAAAGGUGAAAAUUCCAAAAGAUAAAGAUGGCAAGUUGAAACAAUUUGCAUUUGUGAAUUUCAAACACGAAGUGUCUGUUCCUUACGCCAUGAAUCUUCUCAAUGGAAUCAAACUUUUUGGGAAGCCCAUCAAAAUUCAGUUUAGAUCAGGAAGUAGUCACGCCUCUCAGGAUGCCAGUGUGUCAUAUCCCCAGCAUCAUGUCGGAAAUUUAAGCCCUACCUCUACAUCUCCUAACAGCUAUGAAAGGACAGUGGGUAAUAUGACUCCAUCAGCACAGAUGGUCCAAAGGUCCUUCUCUUCUCCAGAAGAUUAUCAGCGGCAAGCAGUGAUGAACAAUGUUUUCAGACAGAUGUCAUAUGCUGGGAAAUUUGGUUCUCCACAUGCAGAUCAGUCGGGAUUUUCGCCAUCAGGUCAAUCACAUGGUCAUCCCUUUAACCAGUCUUCCAGCUCCCAGUGGCGCCAAGAUACAUUGUCACUACAGCGUAAAAGGCAGAAUUCUCACCCCUACCUGUCAGAUAGACACUAUAGUCGUGAGCAGCGCUACUCUGAUCAUGGGCCCGACUAUUAUUACAGAGGAGGCCGAGAGGAUUUCUACUAUGACGACAGGAAUCAUGAUGGCUGGAACCAUGACUAUGAUAGCAGAAGGGACAGUAGUAGAAGUGGGAAGUGGUCCUCAUCUCGACACUAGCAAGCAUUCCAAGGACAUUUUUUACAAGGCCAUUUUAGGCCCUUUUCAUUAAGUUGUUCUGGAAAUAUUUCUAAAACUGUAUAGAGUAGCCCCACAGUUUUCCACCUGUCUUUGAAAAAGAGACUACUUUAAGCCUAGCAUCAGUUUCCUACAGAAGGCAAGACUGAGCUCCACAUUUGUACCUCAGGGCUUCUGAAGAGGGAGGGUUCCACACAAAAGAAUGUCCCACCAUUCCAGUCACUUCAGUCUAGGGAAGAUGAACUGUAUAGAUUGAUUGUAUUAUAAAGCAAAUAUUUGAAUUAUCUCACCCUUUUGUGUUGCAAAGAUUUUCUUGGUAAUGAAAUCAUUUUGGUGUAUAUAGUAGGAAGCAUCCAAGUUGGUAGUCUGAAAUGACUAUCUGCAUUUUGUUAAUAAAUGAGAAAAUGGAACUCAGUAAUCCGUUUUAUUAACAGUUUAUUUAAAACAGUUUAUUGGUUUUGUUUGGGGAUAAAUCAUUUUCUAAUUCAGAAUUUUAAGUACAAAUUCUGUGGUAUGCUCUUGAAUUUUAUCACAAGUAUACAUUAUAAAUCUAUACUAGUUCAUUCUAAGAACUUUAAAAUCCUUUUAUUAAAUUAUAUUUGAUGUAUGACUAGUCACUCAGGAAGUUAAAUAUCUACAUGUAUAUUUUUACAUAAGAAGACAGUGUUGAUAAAUUCUUUUUAGAAGAACAGUAAUGUUGAUAGGUAAAAUGGCAAAAUGUUUCACUUCAAGGAUUAUAGUUUUGAAAUUUUGUUUAAUAAUACUUCCAUGUUUCAAGAUGCUUGUUCACUGUAAAAUCGUUUUUAAGAAUUCUGUGAAAAAUGUGGAUCCUCUUUAUACCACAGCAUUUAUACUAUGUUCCUUUUUAAUAUAUUAAAUACAUAAAAAGAGAAUGUGUCUUUAUUUUGGCAACACUGAUGUCAGAGGUAUCCAGUAAGUUAGUAGUGUACUUUCAAUCAUGGCAUUUCACACUUUGGUUGGUAAAGAUUGUCCAUCUUACUGUAUCUUCUGUAGAUUUGCCUUGAUGCAUGGCUAGACUUUAUCAACAUAGGUUAUGGUGUAUAGUGUUAUGAACAUUCCUUUAUCUGCUCUCUACAGUGAGAUGUUCUAAGUGUCCAGGCUCUGUGUCCCCACUUGGCAUAGUGUAGCCAGAUUAAUAAAACCCAGAGACAGAAACUGGGGUUCAACCUGAAGGUCAGAAAAGCAAAACAGCCAGGCACUGGCUUUUACCUCUACCUCAGUCUGAAAUGGUGAUCUUGCUUCCAGGAAUCUCAGAAUGAGACCGUGUCUGUGAACUGUCUCCUCUCGUUUUGUAUUCCUACAAAAAGUGUGCAUCACUGGAAUUAAAGGUAUAUACCACCUGGUUUCUAUGACAGGCUAGUGUGGCUAUUGGGAUUAAAGGUGUGUGUCA